UUAUUUGUGAUUUUAGCACGGCGCUGCGAGGUCCACGUCGCUCAUUCGCUCCGUGCCCGCUAGACAGCUCCAAUUCGAAAACGACGUAAACGCCAGCCGUUCGCCUAGCGCGCGUAAUUCAAAGUUAUCAACUUCAAACAGCACAGUUUCCCGGAAAAUUAUAGUGCACACAUCGUAUUAAUGUGAAAUAUAGUACAUAUUAACCAACUGGAAAAUCAUAUUCAAAAUCAAAGUGAACAUCAGUUAUAAAGUUGGAGAUACAAAAUAAACAGUUUGAUCUGAUCAGUUAGUUAUUGUGCACAGCCAUGUCGUUCAAGUUCUGUGAUGCCGCUUUGGGCCGCUCAUAUGCCUGCUCGUCCCGCUACCCUUCGGGACACCUGCUGGCCGCCCUCUGAUCCGCCCACGCCGCCCAGUGACUGACUGACAGGGAUCGUACUAUCGCCCUGAACAUAAACUCCAACGCGAUACCUUUUUUUUCGUUUUCCAUCUAUUUGGAUAUAAAAGUUGUGAAACUGAGAACGGCCCAGCCGAAAAUGUGCACUGAGGUAAAUUCCGCGAUGGGUCUUCAAGCAACAGCCGCCACCAAGCGGAAGCAUGAGCUGACCUUCGAUAGCAAGGAUGCCAACACCACCUAUACGGGCAACUGUGCCCCGCCCCCCGUCAAGGCCAACAAGUGGGCCAUCAGCAACAACAACUACCUGGAAUCGCUCGAGGAGCAGCAGCAGCAGCAGCAAUCGCCAACGGAGCCAGCUGUUGAGUCCAACAACAACCAUAUUGUAUUGGACACAUCAAUGGACGUGAUGAAGCCAACGGAGUCAAGUAUUAGCAAUGGUCAUGAAGUUACUACCGCCGUCGCCGCCUUGAAAAGUCAAGCAGAGGUGCCACUGCCGCCGACGGCGAGUGCGGCAAUACCAGAGGAUAGCAUUGCCAGGUUGGAGGUUGUCACCUCAGCCGUUUCCUGUGAACCAUGGGCAAGCAAUGGAUCGUCGACUCCCUCGGCGGUGUCUGGAUCCAAUGGAUCUGUCGAACCCGUGGACUGCAUCUCUAAGCUGCAAGCCGUCGCAGUUCCCAGUGAUCCUUGGGGCAGCAUUGCUACCCGUUCCACGCUGGCCACCACUUUGCUCAGUGCCGAUGAGUUGGACGACGAUGAUGAUGACUUUGAGGACGACUACGAAGAGGAGGAGAGCAUCAUACCCACCUACUGUCCCAUGCGUUAUCAUCCCUUUGUGCCGCACCCUCAUCCGCACCAGCUGCCGCCACAUCCCCACCAGCAGCAGCAGCAACAACAGCGCUAUCCACAUCGACAGCCGCAGAUCGGAAUCCUCCCACUGACCGAUAAUGUCAAUAAUCCGCAUUCGCGGAACAUGAAUGGCGGACACGCUUUGUGCCAGCAGCAGCAACAGCAGCUCACCCAGCAGCAACCACAUCCCCAGCAGCAGCAGCAACUCGCUCAGCAGCAACAGCAGCAGAGGAGUUAUGCACCCGGAUAUGGAAACAGGCAGCCCAACUACUAUUCGGAGCCAUUCCCACAGCAGAAUUGUUCGCGGACCGGAGGACCUCAGCACAUGACGCAAUCUCCGCCAUCGCCCCAGCAGGCACGUGGUUUCGCCCCGCCUCAGUGGGCAACGGCAGGCAGUACUCCGGCCAAUCCCUCCGUGGGAGCCCAGCAGUUCUACGAGGCGAGCAACGGAGGAGGUGCUUAUGCUCCACCAGCAGCGCCACAGCAAACGAUACGUUGUGCGGAAAACGGAAAGUCUUAUCUGGAUCUGGGAUGUAGCAGUGGCGCCACUGCUGGAGGAUCACCCAUCAGUCCGCCGCCCUCGUCAGCGCCCGUCGUUCCUUUCGCCGGUUUGCCAAUACAUGGCCUGCCUCUCAAGCGGUGCUGCGAUGGACGACCCGGUGGAUGGUGCAGUGCCAACAGGAGUUGCUAUAAGGACACGCGGCUGAAGAUCCGCAAUCUAUCUAUGUUCAAGCUGUCCCGUUUCCGCCAAGUUUCCGAGCAGUCGCUGUACCGCUCUGUACUUAUUUGCAAUACGCUGAAGCGUAUCGAUCGUGAAAUCGAGGCGGAGGCCAAGGAGUUGCAUCAGGCAGCGCAGCAGCAUCAUCAACAGGCGGCAGCAGCAGCGGCGCAGUACCAUCCGGCCUAUCAACAGCAACAGCAGCAAUCCUCGCCAGCACCACUACAUCCACAUCCUCAGCAGCAGCAGCAGCAACAACAGCAAAUGGACUAUGCGCCUGUUAUAAACUGCGCACGUUUGGCCAACAUGGAUCACUACCAGCAACUGAGUUUUCAGCCCCAACAACCUCCGCAACCACAUGGCUACCAUGAGCGUUUGGAAAGCCAGCCUGCCUACAGAGGCGUGGCAACGGGAACGGGCGGUUUCACCACGCAGCCCAGCAACUGUGAUACAUCAGCGGGAGCGAGUAGCAAUACCAGCGUUAAUAGCAACAACUCCUCCGCGACGACAGCAACAGCGGCGAGCGGCAGCAGUAGUUUGCAUCCCUACGAUCACUAUCCCUUUCGGGAGUCGCAAUCCGGUCGUGCCACACCCUUUCCCGCAUGCCCCACAACCACAGCAGCAGCGGCAAGCGGAGGGCCAGCAUCAACCCUGAGCAAUAGCAACAUCAGCAGUUCCCCCGCCACAAGCAGCAGCAGCAAUUCGAGUUCCUCAACGGUGAUGAGCAGCAGUAGUGGAAAUACCGCGAGCAGCAGUGCCAACACACCAGUUGCCCCUGCCGCCAGUAGCACCAACUGCGAUACCAGCGAUUCAGGCUACGCGGACGACGACUCCACGCGAUCCAUCAACUGGAGUUCGGUGCUCAGCCUGAGUUCGCAAUCUGCGCUGGAUCCGCUGAACAACAACGAUCUGUUUAGCAUACUCCCAGCCGCGACCACGCCCACAGCGGUGCCUGUUUCAGUGCCAGCCAGCAGUUCCAGUUCAUCCUCGGGUUCUACAUUGGCUUUCAGUGGCAGCUUUACCACCGUUCAGGCAAGCAGCGGGAAUAGCAGUUCCUGUGGUAGCAGCUCCACCACCGCAACAUUUACCACACUGUCCACCAUUUCCUCCGCCACCCACUCUCUGACGUCGUCGUAUGUGAGCAGUAUUAGCUCAAAUGUUUCGGCGGGAGCCAAUACCUGGGAGUACGGAUUUCUGGAUAUGGAGUUUGGAUUGGGAUCAGAGUUCACGGAACUGGUGCCCAGCUGUAAGCUUAGUUCCGAGGAUCUGUUCAAGAGCGGGCUAGGCGGUCAGGUGGUGGCCGCCUCCCGCCUGCACGACAACGAGCUGGAGCAGCCGGCCCACAUCAUGGUCGGCAGUUAGUAUCAGUUGUAGACAAUGACGACGACAAUGGAUCCCCAGCGAAUGGCUGCGUGCUGGUCGCGCCGCCUGCUGGAGCCCACUAGCAAUUCCAAGCAGUAUUGAAUCGACGAAACGAGGGAGGGAAAGGAGGGGGAUUUUAAAUGCUAAUUAUGCUCAGGUUGUGAACGUGCAUGAAAAUAUAUAUAUAUAUAUAUAUAUAUGUCCCCUAAUCCUUGGUCCUAACUCCCCCUCUCCUUUCAUCCCUCAAACAAGCAAUCGAGGACAACACACAAAAAAAUUAAUUGCAAUCUAUAAAGAAAUUUGUAACUAAGUGAGAGAUUGAAAGAAAAGGCAGAACAAUGAUUAUGACAAAAGAGCAAGCAAAACUAUUAGCAAAUUUUUGUAAGUGUAAAUAUUGUUAGUCUUAAGGCAGAGCAGCGAACUCCUAGCCAAGUAAGUUUGAAACGGAAGCAAAAAACAAAAACUAUAUUAGCGUAACUUUAGCUUUGUUAGUUGCAAUUGUUGCAGUUUUUCGAUUAAACACCACACAACAAAAACAACAACAACAACAACAGCGUCAAAACGAACAACAGUUUUUUUAAAAAUAACAAAAACACCAGAUCAAUUAAUAAAAUUUACGUUUUGGCCUAAAGACGAUACAGCAUUUGGCAGCAAGACAAAAUUGAUGAAAAAUCGAAAAACGUUUACUAUAUUACUAGCCAUAAGUAUUAUUAUUUAUAUACAAAAACCGCAGAAAACAACAACAACAAACAAAAGAACAACUUAAAACAAAGUUUUAUAAAAGAAAAAACAAAGAAAA